AAAGGUGCACCCACAGCGUUCGCGAAGCGCAGGCUCCGCCGUUCACUGCUGCAAGUAAACAGUCCCGGAUGAUGGAAAUGGCGGGGGGAGCAAACAGCCCUGCCGAGGGGCGAAAAGCAGGUCCAGGUGGCACGCGGGGCGGUGGAGGGGUUGUCGGCAGCUGUCGGCGGUGGGGGUGGUGGUAGAGGGGGAGUAGAUGAACGAAGGGGGGGGCACCGCACCCCCCCCCCGCACCCCCUUCAACAGUCCGCUACGGGGGACGGGACAGCAGGAUCCCAAGUCGACCUCGGAGCUUCCUGGCAAGCGACGGCUUCCAGUCCGAGGAAUUACAAACGAGAGGCUCAGUACCGUCCACACUCCUAACGCGACUGGGGGCACCACCACCCCAGGAGCAAAGAUGGCAAAGUCACUCAAAACACAGUCCUCAAACAACCCCCUCCACAAUCUCCCGAACCAGGGACGCAGUCUCUUCGCACUCCGCGACGGAGGCAGCGGCUCCCACACAGGAACAGCAGCAGCAGCGAGCGGCAGUCAGCCGGCCGGGCAACCGGCCAGGCAGGCAAGCAAGCAGGCAGGUGGGCCCCCAGAUGGUAUCGGUGUUGGCGUUGGGGGGCCGAUGCUUCUCCCUCUGGAGGCGAGGGCGAGGGGGGGGGCAGGCCGGCAAGGCCCCCCCCUCCGCACUCCUCACUCACGCACGCAGCAGCAGCAACGGCAGCAAAAGCAGCAACAGCAGCAGCAGGAAGGGGCCAGGGAGGACGGAGGGAGAAGGGAGCACAGAAAACUCCAGCCGGCUCCCGACGGCCCCUGAGGGAGAGGAGCCUGAAUUGGCACCCAAGUGGGCGGAGCCACCGCCACCUGUUCCCGCCCCCCGGAAGUCAAGGGGCGGGACAGGAAGUAUAAGAGCCAGGCCCCAGCCCUCAGUUAGAGCCCAGCAGCCGGAGAGGCCAGACGUGCCGGUGCGAGCUCCGGCUAGACCAAGGCUUCCCAGAGCCAGGUACCCGGACACGGACGGACCGAGCUGCCCCAGAGCCAGAUACCCGGACACCGACCGACCGGACCUCCCCAGAGCCAGGUACCCCGACGCGGAUUGGCCAAGCCUUCCCCAAGCAAGGUACCCCGAGGUAGACUGGCCACCCUUGCCCCGAGCACGGUACCCCGAGGAGGGGCCCGAGCGCCCCCCUGACCGGAGACCGGAGGAGCAACCCGACCCGGACGACCCUCUGCGAAGUGAGGAACCCAUGGUGUGGGACCCCGCUGCCGAGCCCAGCGGGGAGCAGCUCCGGCAGUGAGGACCGGAGCCCGGGCCUGAGUUACUGCCGGACCCUGACGGAGAGCAGGAGCUCAUUGCAGAGGCCGUGUACCUUUGGCCUAGUCCCUGCCAGAGGGGCGGAACCCUGAGACCGAUCCAGGCCGUGUAGUGAGGCGGCCUGGCCCCCGACGGCCCCUGAGAGGGCCCGACCCCCGCA